UUAACGAGCAAGUUUUGCCUCUUGGUCUGGAAGAGUUGCGAACUAUGCACCGACUCGGGGCCAGCCCUCGCGAUCAGUGGGGGUCGUUUUAUCAGAUACGACCGACCCGAUGCGAUGGCUAGCCGAGCGUGUGCAAUGCCCACCGGAUCAGAGACAGUCCAGAACAGCAGCUGGGGCCGAGACGGCGAUCGUACAGGAAUGCACUACGGUUCAUGAUCUACGGGCACAUUCUUGUGCAGUGGAGGAAGCGAGUGUGGUCCUGACUUGUGCCGCUGCGCAUGCACGAGCUCGAGAGAUGAAUGGCAAUCAGCUCUCGGGCAUGAUUUCGUUCACGUCCGACGUAAAGUUUUCAUGCAGCGAAUGCGUCUCGUGUAGCGACCGGCCUUGUCGUGGGAUGAUGUCGUGAGAGCUGUCAAGGGCCAAAUAUACGCCCGGCCUUGAUCUGAAUCUCUGCUUCUGGUGGGCGGGCGCCUGCGCAUGUGGGGAAAAAGAAAAUCCUUCCGGAUAGGGAACACGCGCACCGUGCGAUGCGCUGCGCCCUGCAGGCUACUACCGCUUGUAUGGCAUGCGAUGGCAUGGGCGGGGACGGGGCGGGACGGGAACACGCGGCUCGGGCCUCAGACUGUGCCAAAGACUGCGGCCCCUGCCCCCCUCGAGGUCCUCCCUCUCGCCUACAAAGCCAGCCUCUCCCUCCUUUGACAUUCGUACACUGCAUCUACCCCUCCUUCCCUCCUUCUCCUCAACCUCUCCUCAGCUCGACAUUCGACACUCUGACGGACGCCUGCGACUCGCGACUCGCGACUCCGGCGCUGCGACUUGGGGGCUCCUCGUCGCGCUUGGGCAUCAUCAGAGACGAGGUCAAAGACUCGGAGGCCGAGUUUCCGUGAACAGAACAGAACAGGACGGACAGACAGGCCGAGGGGCCUCGCGUAGGCCCACGCCGGAUUGCUGGUCAACGGACGCUCAGAGGGAGUGAGCGAAUUUAGCUGAAAUUAUCUCUGUCUUCACACAGGUCUCGCUCAUGUCCGUCGUGAGUUAUGAUGGCCACUCGCUCGACUCUCGUACCGACUGCAGAGGUUGAUGGAAUCAGUAGUGGUAGGACAGUUGUCGAGCUACUGACGGUGCAGCUUCUGUGUUCUCGUUUGGCGGGGGAUUAGCUCGAGAUUUUCAUUAGAGCUCGUUCCGUCUGCUGAUUAUACUGUCUGGUGUCACUUAGUCGCAAGCGAGGAGGAGAAGGCUCAAAGAUAUGACGGUCCAUGUCAGCUCUCUUGUUCCGUGAUAACCUCAUCACACCCCAGCCUACGGUAGCUCGCUCGCUCGCUCUUAUUCGGGGUUCUACUUCUCUUGAAUCUUCCGAGUGGUUUAACAUGUCGUGCUCAGAUUCUCCUCUGAAAGAAUGCUGAUGUCAAAACCAACUACGUUUCACUUUUUGACCUGACUCAAGCACCGAGCAGCCAGCACCACGAACCUUGCUUUGCUUCGGAUGCCUUUCCCAGCAUGUGGGAGAGAUGCUGAGUGACCUGACGUCGACUGACUGCGAGAUACGCUAUGAAGAAAAUGUUAAACAUUCGAGUCUAGUAUAUAUCACGCUAACCAGAUCACUGCAGCUGCAGGUAGGACCUGGCGGAGGGACGGAAGAUGCUUAGUAGAAAUUGAAAUAGAUUGACUUGAUUGACCUACGUCUUAGCAAACUUGGAAGUCAUCAACACCUCCACUUUCGGUCUGCAGAUUACCCAAAGCAUAUAUUCAUAUUUGCAGUGCGGAUACUCACAUGCAGAUUCCUUCCAUUCUACAACUUGUGCUCGUGUUUUACGACACCUGGUGUAGCAAGAUAGGAUCAUUUGGAAGCACAAUGCCCUGAUGCUUGUGCUGGAAGUAGGGCAAUGGUAUCUGUAUCAGGUAUGGUACUCUAUAUGGUCAGGAAACAUUCUUGUUGAUCUGAGCCAUAAACCAGCUCAACUACGAUGGACGACAAGUUCCGAAACGCAUCGCUUGCUUUAAUCGCAACGUGGAAAUAGCUGCCCUUUAUUAUGGCAAAGAUCAUAAUUUGCGCAGAUUGGCCAAAAAAUAACCCACAACUUUCAUGGGGAUAUCAAGCUCUCCUGAUAUGGUAGAAGUGUUUGAGUUGUUGCAGUCAUUGAUACCCAUGAUGCCACGGAGAUAGUCGAUGUCAACACAUGCAGACAGACUGCAGUAGAUGACUUUCUUUCCAGUUCGGUUCAUUUCCUUGGAUUAGUAGCUAAUUGCUAACCGAACUUUUCUUUAGAUUUUUCCUUUCUAUCCGAGUUCUCCAUGCUGUCCUUCUCGCUUCUUAUCUGAGUCAUAAUUGGUUGCUCAAUGUAAUAAGAUUCAUAUUGAUAGCGUGUACGUAAGUUGUUAAGUCUCUGAAAAUUGACAAAGGUUUGCCAAUGUUCAUGAUGAUUGGACUCUGCUGUCCUUCCAGACUUCUUUUCCUUUAACUUCUCGCCUACUCUCUCACCCAUUAAGCGAUAAGUAAGUCUGCUGACAUUGCAAUGUCCCUUCCAGUCUUGUUACAACAGUUCGUGAUUCGACUACUGUGUGCUUUAAAUUCACCUUGGAUCUGAAAUGGUGGGCUUUCGGGCAAGUACCACUGCAGCACCUACAGCUGCUACCGUUGACUGCCAAAGGUGGCACAAUCGAAUUAACUGGCCCAAGUGCUUCUUCCUGUUUCCAAAGCAUGCAAUGGACCUGCGAUUGGUACCUUUCGGCAGAAGUUCGUAAUUCGUUGUUUUUUUCGUCGACCGGGUGUGUGAUAAAGUCUUAAUGAUUCAGCGGUUGACAAGCCUGGAUUCACUGUCAUGCUAGAAGGCUGAUGUGUGCCUUGCAAGUAGCUAGCUCACCUGGCAUCCUUGUUACUCCUUGUGGGAGGGAGAGAGCGUAUCAAGUGUGUAGGAAACAGGCAGUGAUAUCAGAUAUGCUAGCUGCUUGCAAGGCACCACCACGGCUUUCUAGCACACACUAAUAAACUUUGAUCCAAAGUUUUCUAUAGUGAUCUGGCAAUUAUUUGGGCUUCUGUCUCUUGAUCGAGUGCAAGUUGUGGCUGUAUGAUACAUCGUAUUCUGAGAACUUUAUCCUUCUGCGUUUCUCCGUUGGGCAGACUUCACUCGAAUUUAUUUCACACAGUCCUCGUUCGUUCGCUGCGUGUAUUUCUGGCACGCAACAACAUGUCGGCUUAAUGUCUUUCUAUUGACGUCAAUUGAUCAAUUAUGUUGCCUGCAAUCGAGCAAGAUAGAGUAGCUUUUAUUAAGAGUACGAGAACUUCG